AUGGGAGAACCACUUCACAACAUUGAAAAUGUCCUAAAAGCUGCAGACAUAAUGGUAAACGAACAAGGCCUUCACUUCAGCCCUCGCAAGGUUACCGUUUCAACCAGUGGGCUUGUUCCCCAGUUGAAACGUUUUCUCCAUGAAUCUACCUGUGCAUUGGCUGUCAGCUUGAAUGCUACCACAGAUGAGGUCAGGAAUUGGAUUAUGCCAAUUAAUCGCAAGUAUAACUUGGCCUUGCUUCUGGAGACCCUUCGGGAGGGACUACGCUUCAAACGGAAUUACAAAGUUCUCUUCGAAUAUGUAAUGCUUGCAGGAGUCAAUGACAGUAUUGACGAUGCAAAGAGGUUGAUUGAUCUUGUCCAGGGAAUUCCUUGCAAGAUCAAUCUCAUAUCUUUCAACCCUCAUUCUGGAUCCCAGUUCAAACCAACCAGGGAAGAAAAGAUGAUUGAGUUCCGUAAUAUUCUGGCAGAAGCAGGUUGUGUUGUUUUCUUGCGACUGAGUAGAGGGGAUGAUCAGAUGGCUGCCUGUGGUCAGCUUGGCAAGCCAGGGGAAAUCCAAGCUCCGUUGCUACGAGUGCCUGCUCAAUUCCAAGCAGCAUUAAAAGCAUCACUAUGA